AUGCGCCAUCCCUUAGUGAACCAGCUUUCCAAUAAUCAACCUAGCACUCGUGAUGAAGUUCAGAACUCUGCUGUCCCCGCCACGGAUGUCAAUACGCAAACAACCACAGCAGCAUUAGACCCUCAGGUACACGAGAUAAAACGAUUCCUCACUGACUUCGUGUCAACCGAUAGAGAUGGCACACAGCACAAGAAGUAUAUGGAGCUCAUGUUUCUGGGCGACGACUUCUCCGAGCGCACACAGCAGAACAUUCUACGAUACGAAACACUGUUCUGUCAGCAGAUAGACGCACUUCUACCGGAACCCACCGAAGAAUUCGAUCCCAUCAACAGUACUUCAGAGGAUGUCAUCAUCGAGCACCGGCGCAUGGAAGCAGUAGAGAAUGGCCACAACGCCGAUGCCGCACUCUUCCGUCGAUUCUCGGUCGUCUUUCAACCACCGAGUGAGGGCAAACAAAUCACCGUCAGAAACCUCAAAGCUAGCCACAUCGGUAGCUUGGUCAAGGUGAAAGCGAUCGUAACACGAACAACGGAUGUUAAGCCGAAGCUUACAUACGCUGUAUAUAGAUGUGCCCUAUGUGAGGGAGAGACCAUCCAGAGGGUCACCACGCCCCAAUUCAUGCCCCUGCAGUUCUGUCCAGGGGAGAACUGUAGUGAGAGUGGUAGUCGAUCAAAGGCCAAGCUAUCUCUGCUGAUCAGAGGGUCACGGUUUGUAAAGUACCAGGAAUUGCGCAUCCAGGAGUUGGCUCACCAAGUGCCUGUAGGACACACACCGCGGGCUAUGACAGUCCAUGCACAGGCCCAAGCUGCCACGCAUCAGUCCAUCAAACUCGCCAAAAAAGAUGAGCGUAUUGGCCUAGGGCUCGGGGGAGGGGCUCCUCUGUGUCCAGUCGUAUAUGUCUACCGACUACUUCCAGACACCCCGGCUGCGCAACAGAACAUUCUGCACUGUGGCGAUGAGAUCGUAUCUGUGAACGGAGUAGCGGUGGCCGGGAAGUCGUCCCAGCAAGUCGCACAGUUGGUGGCGCAGGCACCCACUGAAAUUACGCUGGACUUUAUCAGCUUUGAUGCGGUGGAUCCGGAAGGCCCUCCAGCGACUGCAAAGGCUUCGAUCUGGUUGAACGCGGGGCUUCUCAGGCUUUCCGACCGGUUUAAGAAACAGUCAGGGUCCAUCGAUGGCCUGGACUCGAAGGUCUCUGGCAAGGAAGAAAUUGAGACCGAGAACUUCCGAAUUGAGAUCAACCAAUUCGAAAACACCGCCGUAGUAGCGGGCCAAUUCUUGAAGGAAUUUGAAGCUUGUGGUAGGAGCCUGGCUGCAAUGGGGACGGCACAGAAAUUCUUUGGUGAAAACUUGGCUUUGAAUGCGAUUUACGAGAAAGAUCACGAAAUCGCAGAGCUGCUACGUCACACCGCCAAGGUGGCUCCGGAUGCGCAAGUAACUAUUGACAAGUAUCUGGCCGCGAGGAGCGAGUAUUCAGCGGUUGUCCAAUCCAUACACAGCAUGGAGGACGAAGAGCUUCUCAGUAAAGAGCGAGGGGUCAGUCUAUCCCGUUGUCAACAAGGAAACUUUAAAUGCAGGCGCUACCUUAGGCUGAAGGAAAAGCUAUCGGACCAACUAUCGAUAUUACAGACUGAUGUGGUGGAAAAGUUACAGCUAUUGGAUAAGAAGCAUAGCGAAAUCAUCACAGAUCGCUUCUCGGAGCUCAUCUACACUCUUCACAACACGUAUGAAGGCAUUGGGAACACCAUUGCCACGCUGCAAGAGAAGUCAAACAGAAGCUGAAAUUAGUACCUGGAUACAUUGCGCGGAGGAUUGUGCACAGGGUCUACAUAGCCUCCUUUUAGGAGCCGUUGUAUCAGCAAUUAUCGCUAUGCAUGUGGCAUGGGUUUGUGAGAAUCAGAAGUCUCAUCCCGGUCACCCGAAAACGUUUUAGCAUUGUCACCCCACGACUUCGAACCUGGUGCGAUACUGGUUACCGAUUCUCAGUCUCUCUGUGACACGGCGAGCAGCACAAUGUAGUACUCAACAUUCAGAGUGCCGUUUUGGGGAGAAUCACUCUCAAGGUGCUAGUUAUGUGAGAGACCUACUGAAGCCUGAUUACGUCGUAUAACAAAGGUAAUCAAGAAACGUUAGUAUGGGGUAGUGCUUCUACGAUGCAAGAAGUAGCACCGUUCUCUGGCGCCCGCUGAACUCGAACAAGCACUUCUUUGGACAGAAUAUAUACCUGCUUUUCUCGCAUGUCGGCUCAUCCGGGAUACAGUUGUGAGGAGUUGUGGGAAAGAACAUCGACGGUAGAUUAACAAAUGAGACGUAUGGUCGAACGUCUAAAGGCCAAUUGUUUGCUGUGGAUGGACAGAUGUGGGUGGGUUAGCAGUUAUUGAGAAAUACUGUCCUAUUGCCCACGUUGUGAUGCUGAGAUGGUCCCAGAGUACCGCUACUCACCUCAGAAAUUGCAUCUCGGCCUCUGAAUAUCCUUCUAAGCUGAAGCACGCGCGAACUACACGACCCAGCUUUAGGAUUAAAAUUACGAUACGUGGCACGCGCAUUUGAUCCGUAUGUCUAUCUGGAUGUUGACACAUAUCCGUAACACCAACUGUUAGUCUACUGCAGUACGCGGUCUGGAUUGAAACUCCCACAUCCGUAAUAUAUAAACAUAGUGUCUAUGACCAAUAAAGUGUGAAUCUUAGCCGA